AUGUUACCUGCAUCUGCACUUGCUUCGUGCUUGUAUGCUAUCUACUUGAUACCUUUCCUCUACUCUGAUCUUGCUGCCGGUCGAAAAUUGCCUUAUACCCGCCGGCAAAACGUCUCGGCGCCGUUAAAAGCGGGCCUAGGAUGGGGAGGAGGCGGAAACAUUACCCAGUUUGAAGGCCACGAAGUCAGCUGGUAUUUUACUUGGUCCCCACAAUCCUGGGUCGUUCCGCCACCCAAACAGCUCGAAUUUGUACCACAGCUAUGGGGCAACAGGGACGCCGAGUUAUUUUCUAGCGUAGUCAACACGACUUCAAUCGCUGCGAACGGUUGGAAGAAUAUACUGGGAAUGAACGAGCCCCAAAUACCCGACCAGGCAAACAUGAGCGCACAAGAUGGUGUACAACUAUGGAAGACGCGUCUGGAGCCACUCAAAUCUUCGGGUGUGAGACUUGGGUCUCCGGCAACAGCAAGCGGCCCGAGUGGAAAGCUGUGGAUGCAAGAGUUUUUUAGUCUUUGCGCAGGCACGUGUACAGUCGACUUUGUUGCCUUGCAUUGGUACGGCAACGUUGCAUCCGAGUUUAUCGACUACCUGGAGGACUUUCAUGAUACGUUUCAACGGCCAGUUUGGGUGACCGAGUAUUCAUGCCAGAACUUUGUGAAUGGCGCGCAAUGCAGCUAUGAAGAAAUCGUAGAUUUCCUCAACGCAACCCAGACAUACAUGGAUCAAACUCCUUGGGUGGAACGUUACGCAUGGUUCGGAGCUAUGGCAUCUCUGCCAAAUAACGUUAAUAAUCUUACUGCUCUUAUGGACCCGUCUGGUGUAAUCAAUGAUCUUGGUCGACAAUACAUUGGCAGCCCAGUUAUAGAUCCCAGUCCAACGACUGUAUCAUCCGCUGUUCCGACCUCGACGGUGAUAACCAUGAGCUCACUUACUACCUCCAAUACCUCCACGACAUCAUUUAGCACGAGGACUGUAUUUCCUAGUUCAGAUUCGAGCAGCUCGACCUCGCUUACGGCUACAUCCGCGACCACCACGUCACCAUAUGUGAUUAUAAACAAUGCCAGGUCUGAGCAUCUUGGAAAAUCCUUGGUUGUUGGGCUCAGUGUGUUGUGGUUGGCGUUGGCGUUGGCAUAUUGA